AACUGGGAACAAAAACAAUGUGUCGUUUCCUCCCACCCCGCACCCCCUCCCGGGACUCCGCCCCUCGCCCCAGUGGGUCUGUUCCGGGAGUUCCGGGUACCAGGCGCUGGAAAUCAGUGUCUGACAUGCAGAACCUCGGGUCCCUGGCGAUGCGGGGUCGCUUGGCGCGCCUGCUGGCACCUCUACGAAGGGCCCCGGCGGGCUGUCCCCUCGGGGCGAGGGCCAAGGCUGUGGACCCAGCUGUUCUCUCCACGCCGCUGGCUCCGGAUCCCGGCACUGUGUCCUCCUCCUCCGAGGGGCCUGGCGACCGGCCCCUGCGCAGUCCGCAGGAGCUUCCAGGGCCGGGCCAGCUACGCAGUUUUUUCCAACUCUUUGGGCUAGGCUACGUCCUUCACUUGCACGAACUUCAGGUCAUUUUAAAGGCUAAGUAUGGGCCAAUGUGGAAGACAGUUUCAGGCCCUUAUACCAACGUGAAUCUGGCCAGUCCAUCAUUAAUGGAGCAGCUGAUGAGGCAAGAAGGGAAGCUCCCCAUGCGCAGUGACAUGGCUCUCUGGAAGGAGCAUCGUGAUAUUCGAGGACUGACCUAUGGACCCUUCACCAUGCAAGGGGAACAAUGGUACCAGCUUCGUCAGACUCUGAACCCACGGAUGCUGAAGCCAUCUGAUGCUGCUCUGUAUACAGAUUCCCUGAAUGAGGUGGUAGGGGACAUGCUGGUUCAGCUAGAAGACGUUAAGGCAAAGAGCCCGUCAGGGGACCAGGUGUCUGAUGUUGCUCACUUCUUCUACCUCUUUGCCUUGGAAGCUAUUUCAUACGUCCUGUUCGAGAAGCGGAUCGGAUGCCUGAGGCCCUCCAUCCCUCCAGAGACAGAGAUCUUCGUAAAGUCUGUGGAGCUCAUGUUCAAGAACUCUCUCUAUGCCACUUUCCUGCCAAAGUGGACCCGUCCCUUUCUUCCUUUUUGGGAUCGUUAUUUGGAAGGCUGGGACAACAUCUUCUCUUUUGGGAAGAAGCUGAUUGAAGAGAAGAUCAAGGAGUUGGAGGCUCAGCUAAAGGAUGGGAAUUCUGACAAGGUCCGGGUGUCUGGUUACCUGCAUUUUCUGCUAUCUUCUCGACAGCUUACUCCUGAUGAGGCCAUGGGCAGCUUGGCUGAAUUGCUCUUAGCUGGAGUGGACACGAGUGCCAACACAUUGACUUGGGCCCUUUACCACCUGGCUCAGGAUCCAGAGACCCAGGAAGCCCUCUACAAGGAGGUGGUGGGGGUGGUGCCUCAUGGGGAGAAGCCCCAAAGCAAGGACUUCGCUCACAUGCCCCUGCUCAAAGCAGUGCUGAAGGAGGCUCUUCGCCUCUAUCCUGUUGUCCCCAUAAACUCGAGAGUCAACAUAGACAAGGAAGUCGUAGUGGGAGACUAUCUCUUUCCCAAGAAUACCCAGUUUGUAUUGUGUCACUUUGUAAUGUCCCGGGACCCAGACAACUUCGAAUCUCCCUCGGAGUUUCUGCCAAAGCGGUGGCUUCGAAGAAAACAGAAUGAGCCUGUGGGAGGCAGCCACGCCUUUAGCUCCAUACCCUUUGGCUUUGGGGUCCGAGCCUGCCUGGGCCGUCGACUCGCUGAGCUUGAGAUGAAUGUGGUGCUGUCAAGACUGAUCCAGCAAUAUGAGAUAUCUCUAGCUCCUGGAAUGCAGAAAGUUCAUCCUUUGUCAAGAAUUGUUUUGGUGCCUGACAAGCUGGUGAGCCUUCGCUUCCGGAAGAGGCACCCCUGAGUCAUGGAGAACCCGCUUGCUCUUAACUAGCCGAAUUCCUUUCUCUGCCAUGAGGCCAAGUCUAGACCUUAGUUUCUGCUGUGUAUUUAGUGUGCUUUGCCAAUCCUAAUUGAAAUGGGCUCUUUCUUACUCAAAAGACACAGGAUGAGCUCAGGGUACCUCCUGAAGAUCUGGAACACCAAACUCAGGUUCUACUACCUGUGCUGGUGCCUGCUUAUAUCUCUCUUCUUUGAUAUCUUUGGUCCAUGGAAACACAACUAAUAAAUUUACCUUCAGUGA